CCCACGAAGGUUUACCCGUUCCCGAGGUUACCCGUCCCUACCAGAUUCCCGGCUAGGGGGAGUUGGAGACUGAAAGCUGGAAACCAAUAGCGAAGAGAGAAACGACAGUGUCGCCGAGGGCGGCUGGGGGUCGUCUCAGUGGUCUCAGGAUUACCCCUUGCCUGCGUCCUCCGCCUCCUCCCUGGCGCCCAUGACCGUCUCGAAUACCCCUACAGUGAGUUCGUCUGGUGCACAAAGCAGUUUGAAAUAAUUUGCAAUGAGAUAUACCACACAGUUGGUAUAUGGUAUAUUGGAUGAUACAAUAUGAAAAUAUGAAUGAUGUUAGGAAGAAGGUGCACUUUGUUAGUAUACAUGAUGCAGUGAAAGCUGGUGAUGUGAAACAGCUAGAGGAAAUUGUAGAGAGUGGAAUCAACAUUAAUGAAGUUGAUGUCCUCCAUAAAUUUACCCCUUUACAUUGGGCAGCACAUUUUGGAAGUUUGGAGUGUCUUCAUUGGUUGCUGUGGCAUGGGGCUGACAUUACAAAUGUAACUCCAGGGGGCUGGACAGCAGCUCACAUUGCUGCAAUCAGGGGUCAAGAUGCUUGUAUGCAGGCUCUCAUAAUGAAUGGAGCAGACCUUUCCGUUCAGGAUGAUCGUGGAUGCACUCCAUCACACCUUGCUGCAACACAUGGACAUUCUUACACAUUACAGGUUAUGCUCAGAAGUGGAGUGGAUCCCAAUGUUUCUGAUAAGCGUGACUGGAAGCCUGUGCAUUAUGCUUCUUUUCAUGGGCGCCUAGGCUGUGUGCAACUUCUUGUUAAAUGGGGAGCUGCUAUAGAAGAUGUGGAUCAGAAUGGAAACCUUCCAGUUCAUGUUGCAGCCAUGGAAGGUCACCUUUACUGUUUUAAGUUCCUACUCAGUAGAAUGAGCAGUAUGAAGCAGGCCUUAAAAGUCUUCAAUGAUAAUGGAGAAAAUACAAUGGACCUAGCACAGAGAUUCUUCAAAGAUAACAUUGUACAAUUUAUACAGGGGGCUGAAUUUGAAGGAGAUAAUCAAAACAAUCAGGAAAAUUUAACAUUUCCAGGUCAUGUAGCUGCUUAUAAAGGAGACUUGGAGAUGCUUAAGAAAUUAGUGGAAAAUGGAAUAAUCAAUAUUAAUGAGCGUGAUGAUAAUGAAUCUACUCUUUUGCAUAGAGCUGCUGGUCAAGGUCACAUAGAAUGUCUGCAGUGGCUGAUUGAAAUGGGAGCUGAUGUUAACAUUACCAACAAAGAUGGGGAGACUGCAGCUGACACAGCUAAGAAGUUUGCCCAUUUGUCAGCAGUGUCCCUUUUAGCAGGGCUGCAAAAAUAUGAAGUUGAAGAAAAUGAUGAAAUUGAUGACCAAGAUGUGAAGUUUUUUGAAAGACACGGUGUUGAAGGAAGCACAGAUGCAAAGGAUGAGUUACGUCAGAGUGAAGCUGAAAAAACAAAUGCACGAAAAAGAGCUUAUGAAAAGGUUGUAGAAUUGCGACGACUUCUAGAAAUUGCUGAAAGUAACUAUAAACAGCUGGGAGGGAUAUCGGAAGGAGACAUAAAACAGAGGAAAGAAGAUCAAGAGUCUAGAAGGAUGAUCAAAGAGCUUCAGGUCCAAUUGGAAGGUGAACGAUUACGUAGAGAGAAACUAGAGUGUCAGCUGGAUGAAAUCCGAGCAGAGGCCAGUCACUGUCGAACCCCUAUGGAUCAAAUUCACCUCAACAAUGUUGUUUCUAUGGAGGAUGACUCUUCUGACUCAAACAAAGAUAAGAGAAAAGUGAAAAAAAAGAUCACAUCCUCUGGAGGGAUAUUUAUGAGAAGGUCAUAAUCAGUGAGUGACACCACUUUCAAUGAAGAGACCUGUUUGAAUUUUCCCUUUCAUGUUUAUAUUGACAUAUCUCCCAUUGCUCAGUAUUCCUCCAUAGGGCAGAGAUCUGUGUUGUUACUUGAUUGCGGAAAGCAAAAAUUUAAAUGAACUAUUGGAAAGAAUUUAAAGUAUUAGAUUAAUAUAGUGUCAUUCCUUCCCUCCACACCCCCAUAUACUUUUCAGGUAUCUUCUUAGGCAAUGUCAAAGAUUCAGAAACAGAUUUGCAUAUGUUAAU